GGGCGGGGCUUUGCGUCACAGAGGUGCGACCGAGUCCCGGGCUGAGUCGCCACCACCGGCAGGUCUGAGCUGCGGGCCGAGGCGGCGCCGCCGCUGCCGCAGGGUGCGCGAUGCCUUGAACCUGGGAAACUAUGUGAAGCAACACUCUUUCUGGAUUUUGAAAGACAUCAUUUCAUCAUGGGACAGCAAAUUUCGGAUCAGACACAGUUGGUUAUUAACAAGUUACCAGAAAAAGUAGCAAAACAUGUUACAUUGGUUCGAGAAAGUGGCUCCUUAACUUAUGAAGAAUUUCUUGGGAGAGUAGCUGAGCUUAAUGAUGUAACUGCUAAAGUGGCUUCUGGCCAGGAAAAACAUCUUCUCUUUGAGGUACAACCUGGGUCUGAUUCCUCUGCUUUUUGGAAAGUGGUUGUACGGGUGGUCUGUACCAAGAUUAACAAAAGCAGUGGCAUUGUGGAGGCAUCACGGAUCAUGAAUUUAUACCAGUUUAUUCAACUUUAUAAAGAUAUCACAAGUCAAGCAGCAGGAGUGUUGGCACAGAGCUCCACCUCUGAAGAACCCGAUGAAAACUCAUCCUCUGUAACAUCUUGUCAGGCUAGUCUUUGGAUGGGAAGGGUGAAGCAGCUGACCGAUGAGGAGGAGUGUUGUAUCUGCAUGGACGGGCGGGCUGACCUCAUCCUGCCUUGUGCUCACAGCUUUUGUCAGAAGUGUAUUGAUAAAUGGAGUGAUCGACACAGGAAUUGCCCUAUUUGUCGCCUACAGAUGACUGGAGCAAAUGAAUCUUGGGUGGUAUCAGAUGCACCUACUGAAGAUGAUAUGGCUAACUAUAUUCUUAACAUGGCUGAUGAGGCAGGCCAGCCCCACAGGCCGUGACCUUGGAGUGAAAGUCUUCUGUUGCUAUUGUGCGCUACAAAUAUUUGGUCAUGGGGGAAUAAUGCAGGGUUAUGGCACAGACACAGAAAAAUCCAUUUUGCCCACUCUUUUAUUUUUGCAAUUCUGAUCAUUUGUGCCCCUUUUAAAAAUAAACUUCCCAUGUCUUCCAUUUGUGGUACUAAAAUUUGCUACUGUUUUAGACCAUAUUUUCCUGUUAUUCAUCUGUUCAAAUUUGUAUUAUUACAACUAAUAGCUCUUGAAUUCUUUGCUAAAGGUAACAGCAGCACUUCCAGAGGCUUCUGAAACACUCCUGUUUUGCAGGGCAGGAGUAUUCUGGAAUCUUUUUACUUAGAUAUAAAAUAAACCUCGAAUAUUAAAAAGUUGUAGCCAUUGGAGAGAGGAAAUUUUAAGUGACUGAAAAUGUAGAAUACUUCAAAGUGCAUGUUACUACUUAAAACUCGUCUUUCUGCUGGAAUCUAAGGAGUAUAUAUGCCCCCUUGUGGUUAAUUAUUGCUCCUUUAAUAAUUUUUACUUGAAAUGAUCCACAAUUAUUUCAUAACUUUAACAGUGUGUUUUGGAACUACUGUACUUAAAGAUUUGUUUGUUUGUUUUUGCCAUACUGUAUAAUUUGGGUGAGGUCUACAAAGUUGGGUGUAACUUUCCUUUGCAAAUGGAUUUCUCCUGGGAAAUUUUCUUGGCUGUUCUAGAAGUGCUUUUCCACAGCUGGGUAACUGUUCUAAAUGGCUUUGAUAAUGCUCACACAUCUUGGAGUUUCAAAAGGAAAUUCUUCUGCAUCACAAAUACUAAAUUUUAUAUUUCUAAAUUAUUAUAAGUCAUUUAAUAUUUGUUUAUGGUGCUUUUAUUUCCUUAACUUGAAAACAUCUUUCUGAGAUUUCAGAGUCCUCAAAUUUCUUAGAUUAAGAGACAAGAGGCAAGUGCAGCGGUUCACACCUGUAAUCCCAGCACUUUGGGAGGCCAAGGUGGGCGGAUCAUUUGAGGUUAGGAGUUUGAGACCAACCUGGCCAACAUGGUGAAACCCUGUCUCUACUAAAAUAACAAAAAUUUAGCUCUACUAAAAUACAAAAAUCGUGGUGGCAGGCGCCUGUAAUCUCAGCUACUCGGGACGCUGAGGCAGGAGAAUCGCUUGAACCCAGGAGGUGGAGGUUGCAGUGAGCUGAGAUCACACCACUGCACUCCAGCCUGGGAGACAGAAUGAGACUCCGUCUCAAAAAAAAAAAAGACAUGAAAAUAGAGUGAGGCUUUUUUACCAUAUAUACAUAAAAUACUUAUGAAAAUUAGAAGAUAAUUUGGCAUUCUUACUGUUUCACUGUACUUCCAUUGAAAUACUCUUUCCAUUAAAAUAUUCUGAAAGAAUAUAGUAAUAAUGGAAUUGUGAUCUUCAGUCGCACCUCAACCAUUUUUUUUGCUUAUGAACUAAAAUUUCUAAAAUUAACAUUUCAGCAUGUAAUAAAGCAAGGGCCUGUCUCCUUUAAAAUUUAACAUUCCAUAUAAUUUUUUGACUUAUUCGUAAGUUGCAAAUAUUACUAUUUUCCUAAACCAGGGUACACAAUUUAAGUUGCCACUUAUUGAUGACAGAAUUUCUGGAUAAUAGGAUUUUAAUAGGCAAGCAAAUAAAAUUAAUUUCAAGGAAAAACAUCUGGCCAGAGGUAGCUUGAUUUUGCCCCCCAAAAUACUGAAGACUAAUCCAUUGACAUUCAUAAUGGGACAGCUAAAUACCAAAUAGCUAACUACUCCCCGUGGAGGUUUAUGCAAGCAGAGUACCAGGGGCUCCAUCAUAUCAACCUGGCAAUGCACUUGGUGGUUGUGCGACCUUGAGAAAGUCUCUUACUCUUGUUUGUAGGUUCCUACUUUAGAAACUGAGACUUUAUUUGUGGUUUUCACACUAUUUCAGCAGCAAAAACUUUUUCAAGGAAAAUCUUACAGAACCCUUAAACACACGUGCAUACACACAUACCCUGCACCCCACUAUAUAAAAGUCAAAUUAAUAUAAAUUUCCUUAUUUAUUGUAUAAACUUUAUAUACUAUAAAUGUGAUUAAGUCAAUGAAUAAAAACAUAUUAAUGCAUUGGUGAUAUCCAGCAUGUUUGAAUUUGGUGAGUAACACAUAUAAUGGGAGUCGUUUUUUUAAAAAAAAAUUUAAUUAAAUUCAAGUCAAAUGUGCAGAACCCUGUAUCUCCUCCAUAGAUUCUUAGUAUUUCAUGGAACGUAUUUUGAAAACCUUGGGAUAGAUGAUCCACUGAAACCUUUUCCAGCUCUAAGAUUUUAAAUUGUCCUUUUAGAUUAGACUUGCUGAGUUUAAUUCAGUUUGCCUAAUUUUAAAAUGUUUCUGGAAAGUGAACAAAGUUACCUUACAGAGUUUUGGAUCUUUCCAGGGAUAGCCAAUGAUUUUAUCCCCCAGAAUCCUUCACCUUUCAAGGAAUUAUUUAACAUUGAGCCCAGGGACUCAAUAGGGCCCAAACCUUUUUAUUUUACAAUGUGAGCUCCAAGACACUUACUGAUCUACUGUGAAUAUAAAAUGUUAUUAUAGCCUUAGCAAAUAAAUGAGCACAGCUCUUUGUUCGCUCUAUUAAACUGGGUGAUAAUUAUUUAGAUGUGAAUGUUAGGUCAGUUCUACUGUAAUAACUAAUCGUAGAAGUUGUAAAUUUGUUUAAUGGAUGAAAUGUACACUUUUUGUAUUCUGUACAGCUUUGUCUUUUUUAAAUAUGAAGUACUUAAAUGUACUUACCAUGAUAGGAAAUAUAAUGUGUGCCUUCUAGGAUUUGUGAAGUGGUUUCAUGAACUCAAGGAAUUUGUUUUCCCUAUCCUAACUCAAUAACAGGGUUUACUCUGAUUAUGUAUAGAACCUUAGUUUGAGAAAAUGAAUUUUACUAUGUACUGAAUUUAGAGGUUGAGAAUAAUAGUAUCUGUGUUAUUCUUAGUACCCACUGAUAAAUUGUGCAAUAAAUAAUCUUUCGCAAGUAAUUUUA